UUAACUCCUCCUUCGUUUCAUAGGGUUCAUCCGAUCGCUGCUUCAUUUUUUCGCUGUUACUGGCAAUUUUUUCGGCAGCAAAGCAAAUCGCAGAGAUUCGUAGCUGAGUUCCGUUGUAUAGAGGAUGUCGGUGCUGAUCGUAACGAGCUUAGGGGACAUAGUGGUGGAUUUGCACACGGAUAAGUGCCCCUUGACCUCCAAAAACUUCUUAAAGCUUUGCAAGAUCAAAUACUAUAAUGGGUGCCUAUUUCACACGGUUCAGAAGGAUUUUACUGCACAGACUGGUGACCCGACCGGAACAGGGUCAGGUGGUGAUUCUAUCUACAAGUUUCUAUAUGGUGAUCAAGCUCGGUUUUUCAGUGAUGAGAUUCAUCUUGAUUUAAAGCAUUCUAAGACUGGCACCAUUGCCAUGGCUAGUGCUGGAGAGAAUCUUAAUGCUUCUCAGUUCUAUUUUACUCUACGUGAUGAUCUGGACUAUCUAGAUGGGAAGCACGCUGUCUUUGGGGAAGUAGCGGAAGGGCUCGAUACAUUGACCAGGAUAAAUGAAGCUUAUGUGGAUGAGAAGGGAAGACCAUAUAAGAAUAUACGAAUCAAACACACAUACAUACUGGAUGAUCCUUUUGAUGAUCCUUCCCAGCUACCUGAGUUGAUUCCUGAGGCUUCCCCUGAAGGAAAGCCAAAAGAUGAGGUUGAUGAUGAUGUGCGGCUUGAAGAUGAUUGGGUGCCUAUGGAUGAACAAUUAGGUACUGAAGAGCUUGAGGAGGUGCUCCGCUCAAAGGAAGCACAUUCAAGAGCAGUUGUACUUGAGAGUAUUGGAGAUAUUCCUGAUGCUGAGAUGAAGCCUCCUGAUAAUGUGCUCUUUGUUUGUAAACUGAAUCCAGUUACUGAAGAUGAGGACUUGCAUACCAUAUUUUCUAGAUUUGGAACAGUAUUAUCGGCUGAAAUAAUUCGUGACUACAAGACUGGAGACAGUUUAUGCUAUGCUUUCAUAGAGUUUGACACAAUAGAGGCUUGUGAACAAGCAUAUUUUAAGAUGGAUAAUGCCCUAAUUGAUGAUCGAAGGAUACAUGUGGAUUUUAGUCAGAGUGUUGCGAAACUGUGGUCCCAGUACAGACGCAAAGAUCACCAAAUGGGUAAAGGAAGUGGUUGCUUUAAAUGUGGUGCUCUUGAUCACAUUGCCAAGGACUGCACCGGUGGCCCAGCCAGUGGACACCAAACUCAAAAAUAUAUUCUAAAGGAGGAUACCAGACAGCGAGGAGACAACGAUUCUAGGUACGAAAUGGUAUUUGAUGGAGAUGCUCUUGAAAGUCCUAGACAAGAUAAGAGACAUCGAGGUCAUGAUCCAGAUGACCGGGUUGAGAAACAAAAGAUAAAUGACGGAAAUACUGAAGACCUAAAGCAUAGGCAUCAAGAAAAUAAAAACUUAAGUGAUAGGCACAGGCAGAGUGACAGGAGGAGAGGAUACAGAGAGGAUGAAAUGAGGCGUGAUAGUAAAGCAAGUCAAUCCAGUGGAAGCCGAGGAGAUCGGGAUUAUACUGAAGAGAGAAGGGAUAGAGAAAAGCAUAAACAAAGAGAUCUAGAUGAUAACAGGAGGGAUAAGCGGGAUUAUAGAAAGAGAACACCGGAUAAUGGUAGCCAUGCAGAAAGGAGGGAUGAUGGAGAGUACAGGAAGAAAAAUAAAGAUAGUUCCAGUCAUGUGGGAAGGAGAGAUGACAGAGAGUAUAGGAAGAGCGAUGCAGAUAAUGGUAGCUAUGUAGAAAGGAGCAAUGAUCGAGAUCAUAGAAAGAGAAGUGUAGAUGAUGAUAGUCAUGAGGAAAGGAGGGAUGAGAGAGUAUAUAAGAAGAGAAAUGUAGACAGUGACAGACGAGAAACAAGGGAUGAGCCAAGUCCGAGAAAAAGAAGUGCUGUCAGUGAUAGCUACAAAGGCAGGAGAGAAGAGCGAGAACAUGGAAGGCGAAACUCGUUAGAUGAUGAUGAUGAUGAUCAUGACAGAAGGCACCGAGGAGACAGAAGGAGAUGAAGUCUUGUAUGAUAUGGUUUUGUUCUAUUAUUGCUCUCUCAUGUAAUGAAGCUAAACUUUGGAAUGUAAUCAAGCGUAUACUGUUAUUUAAAAAGCAUUUGACCUGGGAUACAAAUUUUUGUCAUUCAAUUUUCCAGAUUGGCGGGGGGCUUCCAGAAGGUCCUAUCAUAAGUUGCACCAUCAAAUUGAGUGACAGAUUUUAAUUUAGGCUUCUCAUGCAUCUUUUUUCCUAAAGGUUGUCCAACACAAAUACCAGAUUAUUGCUCUAA